AUGUCACGGUUUAAUCCUCAUCACAUCCAGGAAAUUCACUUGCAAAUUCAAGACCGGCCUGCUUAUUCGGACAAAGAUUAUCACCAUGGACUGCAUCGUCGACAGCUGGGCACUGCGACGCUGGAAAGCAUCAUCACGACAGUGGACGCAGCUGGAAGCACCAUUCUUUCGACUGUCACCAACCUCUUACCGACCGUGACACCCACAGCAACAUCGACUACUCCCACGGACACGGCCGCAACCACUGCAGCUACUACCUCGGAGUCCCCAGAUGGCAUCAUUGGGAGCGGCACAGACACAGCAGGGACGGGCGCCGAAGCCACGUCUACAUCCGCCGACAGCAAUAGUACGACGCCCACUCAAACCGGGUCUGGCACCUCGCAGACGGCCUCCGCUUCGACGCUCACAAACAGCAACACCAACGGCACAGCUACACAUCGUCAGACAGAUGGCUCUGGCACCGGUACUCGCACCACAUCAAGAACAUCUUUGAGGCCAGUCAUCUUGGCAACAUUGUCGAAUGGCGAUGUCCAAACCAUCACUCGGUCUAACAAGCCAUACAUCACGACUCUCUCCAAUGGCCAGCGGACGACCGUCUGCGACCGACAAGGCGACUGUCGCGUGUCGACCAAGAGCAACAACAACGACAAUAACAACGAUCGAACGACAUACACACCUUCCUUCUCGUCAAGUAGUGCGGCGGCGCAAAACACAAUCUCGUCGUCAGCCUUUGUUCCCGGGAUCAACGUCGGACAAAGCACAACAGCAGCUCCAAGCUCGACCAGCUCAGCGAGCAGCAGCAGUAGCAGCAGCAGUAACAACGACGACUCGACACCACCAGCCGGCACAAUCGCAGGCGGAGUGGUAGGCGGUGCCGCCGGCCUCGCAGUGAUCCUCCUCAUCGCCCUAGUCUUCCUCCGAUGGUACAAGCGUCGACGACAACAGGGCCACCAAGCCCUUCCACCCUCCUCCGCCAUGUCUCCCGCCGACGACGACCCCACCGUGUCUCGCAGUGGUGGCCCCGGCAUGGCCGAACGAGCGGGUCUCAUGCCCCUCGCAGCCGCCGUCCCCGCCCUCUUCCGCCAUUCCAACCGCAGCUCCGAGGUCCCCUCCAGCGAACGCGGCUUCACACGCGUCUCUGGUCGCAAACUCCCUUCUCAAUUCAGCGAAGGCAUGAGCAGUCCCGGCUACGGCGCAGGAGGUAUUGCCAGUCCUGGCUUCCCACACCCCGGCAGCGGACCCAGCAGUCCACCGCCCAAUAUGCCCCUCGCCCCGAACCGUGAACAGAACUUUAGCAGUCAGUCCUUCUACCGCGAUAGUAAUGGCUUCUACGGUGGUCCGGGGACGGGGGUGCAGGAAUCGCCUCCAGAUGGCCCAACACCCGAAAGUGAAGCCGGACCGAUGGAGAUUGCACUCUCCCCAGGCCCAAGGAGGACGCCGACGGUGCAUACAGGUGGUCCGUACGUGAUGAGUCCGAGCACUUCGGUGCCGGCGACCCCUGUGACCCCCACAGCGAGGGAUAGGGCGGCGAUGGGGAUGCACAGUCCGACGGUGCCGACGAUACCGCAGAGGAGCGGGACGCCGGCGAGCACGUAUACCGAUGAGAGGAGUAGUCGGUUUACUGAGGAGGUUUGA